AUGGAUAUCCUCAUGGAUGAGGAUUUCAGUGUGACCAGUAACACCAGUCAUGAAACAGGACUACAAAGACAAGGACUCAACCACAGUGACCCUCUGGACAUGUUUAUAGGCCUGGAGCUUCUUCUACGUUUUAAACCUCUCUUCCUGCCUCUCUACUGCCUCAUAGUGGUCGUGGCUGGUGUUGGAAACUCCUUUCUUUUGGCUUGCAUCCUGGCCGACAAAAAACUCCACAAUGCCACCAACUUUUUCAUUGGUAACUUAGCAGCUGGAGACCUGCUGAUGUGUCUGAGUUGUGUUCCACUGACAGUGUCUUAUGCCUUUGACAGCCAUGGCUGGGCUUUCGGAAGACCCCUCUGCCACCUGGUCCCCUUGCUGCAAUGUGCCACAGUGUUUGCAUCAGCGCUUUCACUCACUGCCAUUGCUGUGGACCGCUACAUUGUCGUAGCUCACCCAAUACGGAGGAGGAUCUCUGCGUGGGGUUGUGGUGCCGUGACUCUGGGUGUCUGGCUUUUAUCUCUGGCCCUGGCUGCCCCACCAUCUCUCUACACGCGCUAUCUGGACCUACGACCCAGUGGCAUCGAUCUGGUAGUGUGUGAGGAAUUCUGGCCAGAUAGUGGCAGUCUGAGGCUGCUCUAUUCCUGCUUCAUUCUCAUAGCCUCCUAUAUGAUCCCACUGUUGUCAGUCAGCGUAUCCUACUGUGCCAUCACUGUCAGCCUAAAACGCUAUUCCAUUCCUGGGGAGCCAUCCAACAGCCAGCAGCGCUGGAGCCAAAGAAGGAAGAGGACCUUCUGUCUGCUGGUGGCUUCAGUGCUGGCCUUCGCCCUCUGCUGGCUGCCCCUGCAGGUGCUGAACUUGUUGCUGGACCUGGACCCAGACUUCUACAUCAUAGGGAAGCGUUAUGUUAACGUCUUACAAGUAUGCUGUCAUUUAGUGGCUAUGAGCUCUGCGUGUUACAACCCCUUCAUCUAUGCCUCACUGCACAGCAAGGUACGCAUGCACCUGAAAGGCUACCUCUGUCCUUGUCGCAAUCGCCAGAGGGGGAUGGUGGAGAGAGGGACAUCCAGGGGCUGAUUUCAGAGUGUACCUGCGAUGAUACAACUGCUGUAGCAGCUCCUGCCAUGCAGAGCCAUGUCCUUGCCCACAAGCUAACA